UCUUUCAGCUUUGCAUGAGAUAUUGAGGAAGCCCAGAACUUGUCACUUGUCACUUCGAAAUGGCUUUGAUUUCCUCCUUUACAUUGAUCAGGGUCGUGUCGGUGUUUCAUAUAUUCUUGGCUUUUGUCCUGCUUCAGAAUCCACAGAAGGUUGCGGACCAUGAUUUGGUAUUCUUCUUAGGAGAGGCGACGCAUAUGCCACAUGCGACAUCUGCCUUCAGCAAGCCGAGCCAUGCAUCAGCCUUCCUCGCCGUCAUCCUCGCGUUCUUGGGCGUCGUCGAUCUAUCCGCUGUUUCUAUGCCCACAGUUCUUGCCAUGCAAUACUGGGCAGUCCAGGUUCCUGUUCGAUUGGCCUUCCUAUUUGGCCUUACGGCGCUCACAUAUAUGAUGAAGCCUCUGGGUGACUCCAAAACAAGGGCCUUCGGGCAGGACCUGAAGAAUAGUGUGGUAUUCACCUGGGCAUUCACGGAGCUACUUCUUUGGUACUGGAUCUAUUCAGCGAAUCGAGAAGAGCGUAAAAUGCUUGUCGUGCAAAGAGGCUCGGACGGGGAAACGGCAGCGACAUAAUCGGAUAUCCGCUCGUCUAUUAAGGAUUAGAACGCCUUGACAGUUGCUCAUUACGUGCGGCCAUUGAACCGCAACCGUUUAGAGUCGGUCGCGAUGUCUUCCGCGAAUAAAGCAUCUAGACUAUAUCUCGAGGAGAACUCGGUAUCGACCACUAAGCAGACAUUUCCCGGCUGGGAGCGCUGUGUGCUUGAACAAAUUAGCCCGGUUCCAGCAUGGAAGACUUACACAUUAGUCCCUUCUAAGUCUGUCUAUAACCAUGGUUAUCGAGGGAUUCAUCGACAGGGUGCACUGUACUGCAGGUUGCAAACGCAGUACAUUGCUAGAGAGCAAAGCAGAAGUA